AUGCUGCCCGCGCCCUACCACCGCGUCAGUUCCUCUUUGCCGUGCUGCUUCGCCGUCCAUGGGGAGUCGCUGUCGCUGCUGAUCCGCCACGAGCCGCCAUCACAAGUCAACAACGAAGAGAGAGAGAGAGCCGCGAGGAGGAGGAUCGCGCCACCCAGUCGCAGUCGUCGUCCUCGCCGCGCCGCCGUUGAGCCCACUGAGCAGAAGUCCAUCGCCGCCGUUCGCGCCUCUAUCGCAGUCCGAGAAGCUUCCAUGGCCGUUGCCGUCGAGCUCACAAGUGAGAGAAGAGAGCUGCAGGUGAGAGGGAAAGGUGUUGCGCCGCCAUUCUUUACUGCACAGCAACCGCCAUGCCGCCGCGUGCCACCGCCGCUGCUCACCGCCGCGUGCCACCGCCGCUGCUCACCGCCGAGGAGAAGCCUUGCCUACGCUGCUGCCUUCCGGGCCAGAUUCACCGGGAGCAGAGAAGCGCGCCACCGCCACCUCCAGACGCCCUUGCCGUCGCCGAGGAGGAGAGGAAGAGGAAGGAAUGCUACCCGCGCCCUACCACCGCGUCAGUUCUUCUUCACCGUGCUGCUUCGCCGUCCAUGGGGAGUCGCUGUCACUGCUGAUCCGCCACGAGCCGCCAUCACAAGUCAACAACGAAGAGAGAGAGAGAGAGCCGCGAGGAGGAGGAUCGCGCCACCCAGUCGCAGUCGUCGUCCUCGCCGCGCCGCCGUCGAGCCCACUGAGCAGAAGCCCAUCGCCGCCGUUCGCGCCUCUAUCGCAGUCCGAGAAGCUUCCAUGGCCGUUGCCGUCGAGCUCACAAGUGAGAGAAGAGAGCUGCAGGUGAGAGGGAAAGGUGUUGCGCCGCCAUUCUUUACUGCACAGCAACCGCCAUGCCGCCGCGUGCCACCGCCGCUGCUCACCGCCGCGUGCCACCGCCGCUGCUCACCGCCGCGUGCCACCACCGCUGCUCACCGCCGAGGAGAAGCCUUGCCUACGCUGCUGCCUUCCGGGCCAGAUUUACCGGUAACCCUGUUUCUUGCUUUCUUGAACCCUAUUCCACUUCUAUUCUAUUCCACUGUUUUGAUUUUUGUUAGUGUCUCUGGCUCUCUGCUGCCUUAAUCACUCAGAUUAAUACUACCGCCGGCACUGGCUUGGCAUUUCUGCUCAGCUGUGCCCUUAUUCGCCGUUUUGAUUGUUGAAAGAAAAUGUUAUCGAAGCUAUGGCUUCUCCGUUCCCCAUUCUCUUGUUUCUUUUCUGAGGGUGCUUGGAAUACAAAUCAUGAUGUACCUGCUGCAGAAUAAGGUGAAAAGAGGUUUUAUCGCGUUAAAAUAGCUGCGGGUUUGAUUCUUUGAGGAACCAGAUGAAGAAGCAUUAAGAAGAGUUAUACUGCAUUUGGUUUAUAUGCUGUUGUAUUAAUUAGAUUAUUUUCUUCCCUCGUCUUUAUUAUUACAAGUUUGUAAGAGGGAUAGGAAUUGAAUGUUUUAUAUGUAUAAUAUAUUGAAUUAUUAUGUAAGGAGUCUUGUAUAUGAAUCUAUGCAAGUUUGUAUUUUUCUUAAGACAAAGUAUUUAUUUCUGUUUUUUUUUAAAGAAAUCAGCGAUACAGUGUCGAGUCAUAGGCUCCUAUUUUAAUAUUUAGUAUGUAAAGUAGUCGUAAUACUUCUUGCUAUCAGAGUAGCGCAGCCGGAAGCGUGACUUUUGAUAGUGAGGAUGUUACAUUGAUAAGUGGAGUUUCAGAUUAGAUCAGAAUAAAUAUUAGCCAAAAAUACCUUUUUUCUCUGUAAAGAAAAAUUUAAACAGCCUAGCCCUUAGCCCGUUUAACUCAAAAUUUAAACGGCCUUAAUUUUAGAGACAAAAUAUGCCUGUUUAAAUGUAGGGUGUUCAUGGAUCAGAUCCGAUUUAUAUAUCCGCGGCAUUUAUCCGAAUUCGAUAUAAAAAUUGCGGAUAUGGAUCCGAUCUGCACACUUAUAGGAUCAGAU